GAGCAGCCGCCGAACCAACGGCGCCCGCGGGCGGAGACACCGGCCAGAGCCCCGGCUGCCGGGCCCCGGGCACAGCGCACCGCCGAGGGAGCAGGCCCGGACAGGAUGCCGAACCCUGGGGAGAAGACACCCCUCGGCAACAGCGAGGACCCGGAGGUGCCCUGCAGCCCUGGGAAGGCCCGGCAGCCGGAGGAGACCCCGCGCGGAGAUGUGCCCAGCCUCUGCCCACCUGCUGUCCCGCCCUCCAGUCCUCCACAAGCUCUCUCCAUGGCCGAACUAUUAGAGACUGCUCAAGAGGUGUCCAGAAUGACCAUUGCACAUGAGAUUGUGCUGAAUCAUGACUUCAAGGUACAACAAGUGAACUUUGCACCAAACAGCCUGGAAAGCAGAGUGAAGGAGACAUUGCACAAAGCCUUCUGGGACAGCCUGAAAGAACGGCUCUCCACUAGCCCACCAGACUACACGCACGCCAUCCGGCUGCUGCAGGAAAUCAAAGAGACCCUACUGUCACUGCUGCUGCCACGGCAAACCCGCCUGCGGAGCCAGAUUGAAGCUGCCCUGGAUAUGGAGCUGAUCAGGCAGGAGGCUGAACAUGGGGCACUAGACAUUCCCAGUCUCACCAUGUACAUCCUCAGCACAAUGGCAAUGCUGUGCGCACCCAUCAGAGACGAGGAAGUGCAGAGACUGCGAAGCCUGACAGACCCAGUUCAGUUGCUCAGAGAGAUUUUCAGGGUGCUUGACUUGAUGAAAAUGGAUAUGGUGAACUUCACUAUCCAGAGCCUCCGUCCCCACCUGCAGGACCGUUCCAUCGAAUAUGAGCAGAAGAAAUUUCAGGAGCUCUUAGACAAGCUGCCUAGCAGCCUGGAUCACACAACAGAGUGGCUACGCAAAGCAGCAGCAGACGCCUCUGCAUCCCCUUUGCUGCCCCCAUCCCAGCCUGAGUCCAACAUCCCACCUGCCUCAUCCCUACAGGGGGCAGCCCACAGGAGUUCAGACCUUCCAAGUCCCACGUCUGUGCUAAACCAAGGCUACAUGAGUUUGCUCCAUUGGGAGCCUGGACAAGAAAAAUAUCCUGAGACGCUGUUGAUGGAUCAAGCUCGGCUGCAGGAAGUACGAUCACAGGUGAAUCGUCUUACCAUCAUAGCUGCGGUCCUGCUAGUGACCACUGGCGUGUGUGGAAGCGCCUUGUGCAGCUCACCUGGGUUUGUAGAUAGGCUGAAACGGGUAACAGAGGUCCUCCUGGAAGGGCUCCCUCAUACCAGGUUUGAGGAAGCUUUACUGGACAUCGGCCAUCAAGUAUGCCAAGAAGCUAGUCGGACUCUCUCUCAGCUGGGUUGUCCUCCUCUCAGCAGUGACAAAACUGCUUCCCUCAAAGGGCAGAUAAAGAGCAUCACAGACAAGGACAACGCAGUUCGAAGUGUCAUGGAGCAACGGAUCCAUUCGUUCCUCAGCCUCUGCCUGUCUCCUAAUGAACAGAAUUCUCUCGAGAACUUUCCAAAAGGCCUCGCUCCUAUUCGGGAAGAACUGAGGGAAGUCGGCCGCAGGUUUGGCAGUGUGACUCAUCACAAUAGGCAGGUGUUUGGACCCUACUAUUCAGGAAUUUUGAAGAAAGUCCUCCUCCCAGAGGUGGAGCCAGAGGCUGGGAUCGAUUCUUUUUAACCACCUCAUAGAAGGCAGUGGGAGCAGGAUGGGGAGAGGGACUCUGGGGCAGUCUUUCAAAUCAUGCGUUAGCUUAUGAAGUCAGUUGCAGCCACUGAAGCAGCUGCCCCGGCUUGGUAUAGCAGUAGCCCACGCACUAGCACAGCUGGGCCAUCAUAGGUCUUGGGGAGAAUUGCAUAAACAACAAUGGCCAAUGCACCAGGGCUGUCUGAAUAAACCUUUACGCUG